AAGAAGCCGAUUACGUGAAGUUGGGGAAAAAUCGGACGCGCUUGUUUCCAGCUUGAUGUCUAUUCAGAUCUUGAUUCUUGUCAAUGGAUCAGGACGACAAAGUCGGCAAUAACGAAGUAGCGGAUGAAUUGCAACAGCCAACGGCUCCAUUGACAGGCGGCCCUAGCCGAUCCAUACCUUCCAUACCCACAGAUAAUGAGACGAAGCAAAAGAUACUGGAUAUCAUAGAUCAUCAGUUCGAUUUGGAGAUCUACCUUAAACAGCGUGAAGUAGAAACGAUACGACAAGAGAUCGCGAAAGCGGAAAGGACGUUGCAAGAUUUGAAUCAGGCAAUCCAGAAUGAAACCUUGGCGGCUGCUUUACCUGAGACCGUGCAUUAUACCCGACGCUCUGCUCAGUCUUCGUAUUUCCCUCCUGUGUCCACUUAUUUUCCGGCAUCCACAUCCGCAUCGACACCACCGCCACCAGUGCCACCGCCACCUUCCAAGAAGAAAUUGGGCAAAGCUGUACAGAAAACUCAACUGUAUGGAAGACGCAACGAUGGCGUCUAUGUUCGACUAGCAUGUCCUGCGUGUCAACGAGACGAUUUCGCGAAUCAGCAAGGAUUUCUCAACCAUUGUCGGCUGGCCCACAAUCUUGAGUUCGGUCCUUAUGAACAGAUCAUGUUGCGAUGUGGCACACCGGUUGACGAAUCAGAAGUACCACUGGAUCAUCCUGCUCGCACUCGUCCUGUAACUAAGCCUGUGAGCACAAAGAGCUUGUCGCUCAAGAAAAAGGCUCGCCCAACAAUCAAGGUCUUUGAGGAGGAUGUGGAUUUGGAAUUAGAUCAGGAUAAACAGGGGAAAAAAGCAACAACUACAUCGGCCAUUGUCACCGUGCCGGAUAUCCCCACCACGCCGGAUGCAAAAGAGUCAGCAGAAAGCAGGACAGAUAUUGGAGAUCUAGCGCCUGAACCUCGGUCACCUGCAUCGCCCGCACCUCGACAUAAAGAAGCAUUCAAAUCGUUACCAGAUAAGACAACACAGCAACCGUCUAAAGGAGAAGAGACUGCAUCUUCAAUGGAUGAAAAGCACGGCGACAAGGAACAAACAGCUGAACCCGGAGAUGCGAAAGCUCAAAGCGACCAAAAUCAACCUGUAGAAUCUUUUGCUGCUGCUUUAUCAUCUACGGAUGAUGCAGGAUCACGCUUCUAUAUCAAAAGACGCAUCAUCGUUGGCAAUGUCAGCAAAUUCAUAGCACCAGAGAAACGGGAUCCUACGUUGAGUCAUUUCACCCAUAAAUGGAUGAUCUAUGUUGUGGAACCGCCACAGGUAAGCAGAAAAGUUGACUACGGAUCACAAGAGCUACAAGACUCAAGUGCAUCAUAAGACGCAAGAACUAGCUGCAUUUAUCACCGGAGUACGGUUUCAUUUGCAUCCGAGUUAUAAACCCCACGAUGUGAUUGAUGUGACAGAACCACCUUUUCGGUUAACGCGACUUGGGUGGGGCGAAUUUCCUAUCCGCAUCCAAUUGU